CUUCAAGUAUGCUAGACGGGAGCAACUCAAGAAGUCCUUCUCCUUCUUCACCGAUUACACCUACACCAAAUAUGACUCAAGACAAUACAACAACACCCUCCUCCGAGUUUGUCGAAGAAGAGAACAUUGAGCAACCUCCUGAUGCUGGGAUGAAUGAUAAACAAAGAAAGCGAGGAAGAGGAGUGACACGUGGACUUGCCCUACAUAAACAAAAUGAAAGGAAUGGAAAGAAGUUAGAAGUGGAGAUAGAUCCAAUGCUUGGACGUUCACUAACUAGGAGGGGUAGUUUGGCCGUAUCUUCUGAAUUGGGGCAGCUGGCCCCUGAUUAUGUAUGGCCAAUUUCAAAAAAAGGUCAAAGGAGGCGUAUUCUUGACGAAGUUAUUCUGAGGCUGGAGGUGAAGUUGAAUAUUGUCAAUGUGGGAGACAUUGUGGUGAGAGGUCAUAUUUGGAGGCAAUUCAUGAGGAUUGUGAAGGGUAGAAGAAGCUAUUAUCGGAAGGUAUACCGUCGCUAUAAUGAAACAGCAAAGGAGCAUAAACCACGUUGUCUAGAUCAACAGAUAUGGUAUGACUUAUGUGACUAUUGGGCCACUCCAAAAGUACAGGCACUAUGUGAUAAGAACACGGAAAACAGGAAUAUGGUCCAACAUGUCAAUUGCCAAGGACCGAUUCCCUUGGUUCCUCUGUAUUAUGAGCUGCUAAAUAAAGAAGGAAGUGGAGUUAAUAACAAGAUUGACUUCUUCAGAAAAGUGAGAUGCACCAUUACUGGUGAGUGGAGGAAUGAGUAUUCAGCUGAAGCACAUAAUCGCAUGCAACAGAAGGUGGAUGAGACUAAAGAUAGCGACCAACCAGUGACUGCCGAUGAAGCAUUUCAUGAAGUGUUAGGAUCUAAUUCUGGAUGCCUCAUAGGAGUUGGCUAUGGGCCAUUACCCCCACCUAAGAGAGUCGACACGCGUGCUUUGAAUGAGUGCGCACAAGUUAGGGAGCAAAAUCACAAGCUAACAGAGGAAAAUGAGCGUUUGCAUGAAAGAUGUGGACAUCUAGAGGAAAAUAUGACCCAAGUCACUCAACAAAAUGAAAAGUUGACUGAAGAAAAUACCCGCUUGCAGGAGCGGUGUGCCAACCUUGAAGAAAAUGUGACUCAAGUGACUGAGCAAAAUCAAAUGCUGACACAGGAAAAUACUCGCUUGCAAGACAGAUGUGACCACCUCGAGAAAAACAUGAACCAAAUCAAUGAGAAACAAGCAGUGUUUGAACACUUCAUGCGUCAACAACUUCAAAAAGGAGGCAACUAAUGGAGUGCAUCAAGUGAUUUUGGCAUGGAGAUAUCUACUCCAUUGGUGUUAGAUUUUGGCAUGGAGAUAUGGACUCCACUGAUGUUGAAUUUUGGCAAGAAGAUUAGUUGUAGGGAAUAGGCAUAGGGUGAAUGGACUCCCUGAUGUUGGAUUUUGGUAGGGAGAUUAGUGUAGAGAAUUGAACUAACAGACUCCACUAAUGAUUAUUUAGGCAUGAAGAUUAGCUGU